UCCCCUCCAGUAAUUCACAAACACAUUUCUCAACAGAGCUCUGCAGCAAGUCUUCUAUUCUCUUCUCUGCUACCCAGGAGCAAUGGAAACUACCAAUUACAGCGGUGAACUACACUCUCCACCUACAUACAACAGCCGUGGCUAUGAGCCGGUAAAAGGUGGGAUAGAGUUCCAGAAUAUCCCAAGCCCGCAGGUCCAAUCCACUGUGGUGACAAUAACGCCAGAGGUUCCCGCUGUCCGAGAUCACAUCAUUUGGUCUUUCUUCAAUGCCAUGUAUAUUAACUUCUGCUGCCUCGGAUUCAUCGCCCUCAUAUUUUCUGUCAAGGCCCGGGACAGGAAGCUGCUGAGAGACAAGCACGGUGCAAUCAGCUAUAGUUCCACGGCCCGUUCUUUAAACAUUGCCGCCACUGCGCUCUCUAUUGUGUUUACUAUUAUCAUAUUGGUCAUCUUUAUUGUGCAGAUGAAAUACCUGAUUGAGGUAUUCCAAGCGGCCCAGAAAAAUGCAGAGAAUAAACAAAAAAAUAAUUUUGACUUUGGAUAUGGAUACGGAAACGGAAAGUAAUAGCAGCUUGGGGCAUGUAAUUCCUGAGUGUCUUUUUGCUUCUUAUUCCUUUCAAUUUUAACUACUCUUUUUUACAUUUCUGAAUGUUGGAAUAAACAUUACACUGGCUGCAAGCCUCCUAAUUUGUAAAAGGGCAUAAAAGUAGUCUGGCCAUCACUUUAUCAAAGAAAAGGUGACAAA